AGUCGAUUAAAAUAUAUUGUCUCCACUCAAUUAUAAAGUGUAAAUAAACAAAAAAUUCGAGAUAAAAACAAAAAUGGUACUCCGUUCAGGCUGCAUUAUUCCCUUUCAGUUCCGCGACAAUAAAAAACUUUUAAUGAUCGGUGUACCUGAGGAAAAUCGAAAUUUAAGCAUUUGGGAUUUAAAAAAUGUUGUGCGAGCGGCAUUCGGGGUUUAUAAUUUCGAGUUCCGCAAUAAGAAGAUUGGAUUCAUCAUACCAGACGAACUGUUGCUCAACUACUUGGCGCAGCGUCAUGACCUGACCAAUUUCGUUAUAGAAGUAGGACAGGUUGGCGAUGAAUUGACUAAGAAUGAGAAUGUAUGUUUUGAACCAUCUUGUUCCCAAAAAUUGAAUAUACCAGUACCGCAAAAAUCUAACGACAGUGUAAUAAAUGAAACUCCGAAAAAGUAUAUCAUGGUUAAUGAAGCUUUAAAAUCUCCUUUGCAAGGAAAUAGUCCUAAUGAACCGCAAAACAAAAUCCGUAUAUCCCAUGCCUAUACAGCACAUACACCAGAGUCCUUAACCCAAUCAAUCGAUCCUAUGGAUGUUAUGGAUAAAGUUGAGAAUCCAGAGAAUGUUAAACAUGAAAUGUCUUUUGAUGUGAAAGAAGAAAUUAUGAGUCAAAAUUACACUCAACAAAACCUGAAUGCAAUACACCGUUCAGAAAUGCCACAUAUGAACUUGCCGCUGUUAACCCAAUCUCCGCAGCAACAACAUACACAACAGCAACACUUAUCCAUGCCAAGCAACCCAUAUUAUUCAAAUUAUGGUCCAAUAAAUGAGCAAUUAAAUUCCGAACAUUCGCCAGCUUUUGGGACUCCACCUGUUAGCCGUUUUAGAAGGCGGGGGGAACGUAUGUCAAAGGAUCAGAAAGAAAUUUACGUAAAAUAUAUUGACGAUAAUCCUUGCAUGCUGUCACAGCGGCGAAACGAUUCUGGGCUAGAAGCACAUUGGGUUAAAUUGUGUAGUAUGCUGAAUUCUGUGCAACAGGGAGCGGUGAAGAAUGUUGAGGAAUGGCGUCAGGUCUUGAUCAACUAUACGCCUCUUCAGCGUACCAAUUAA